GUUUGGCUAAACUACACAGUUAUAAAUACAUGACUGAUUGCGUAACAUGGUUUCCAAGAAGUAGAUCUCUUUAGCUGGAACGACACUCGGAUAGGAGUGAGCCAUAACACUGGAGAAUAUACACCGAGUGGUUGUCCGAUUAGAAAUGGACAUCUUACUGGACAGGACACAAACCUGACAGACAGACGGGUGGAAAGAAGGAAUAUGGAUUCCAAGGAAUGGCGCAGGAUAAUGAAGAAUUGGGUCUAUCUUAAAAGUGAGCUUCAGUUGGAAGAUGGCGGUGACAUUCUUAACGGCCUGUUCCAAAAUGGCACACUGAACGACAGCGAGUAUAAACUAAUCAAAAGUAUUUCUCCUGAACCUGAAAAGGUGGAAAGACUACUGUUCGCGCUGAAACGAAAACCACAAAAUCUGAACGCGUAUAAACGUUUCUGUGACAUUGUAAGAGAAAUCCAGCCACACAUAGAGGAGAAACUUGCAGCUACGCCCGAUGAAGAUGCCUGUUUAGAAGCUGAUCAACCACAAACAGAAGAUGUCGUCAGAGGUGCCCUGCUUGAUAGAUUUAUCAACAGAAAAGGCUCGACGUGUCCCCUGCCAGAUGUUAAAGCGGUCAUCAAGGAAUGUGUGACUUCGGCAGGGGUGAACUAUGACUGGGGUGACAAACAGCUCAGGGAUCUCAUCACACAAGUGUUCACUGACGCAACUUGGCAACAGCGUUCAAAAAGGGAAAUACCCUAUUUGAGAAAUUUACAAAUAAGACCUUCACAGACACCUACAAAACCAGGCCUCUUAUCAACACCGACCAAAGAAAAUGUCAAACUGAUGCAAGUUGAUGGUCUAUGUGAUUUCCUCAACAAUCAUCCUACAAUUGGCAAGAAGGAAGACGUCAUAGCAAAAUGCAAAGACGAGUGCAUCACCGGAGAAGUGUUCCUCUCACUAAAGGAGACAGACAUAAAUGAACUUUUCCCUUCCUUGAAAUUUGGACAUAAGCGGGCCUUGUUAUUACUCAUUUCAAACAUUGAAUCGCAACCUCAUGAUACGGAAAACACGAACACUGAACAAAGUGUCAUUGAGUCACCAGAUAGCACUUGCAAGCCGAGAGAAUGCCCAUACCAAGAGACAUUAAGGAAGUUUGAACAUCCAGUAGAACCAUGGGUCAAAUAUGUGAAAGGAAGAGUUGUGAACACCGAAUUCUGCAGUGGUAACAUGGUGCAGCCGGUCAAAUAUUUUGCUAACAUUCAAAAGCCUACAGUCAUGAUUCAGCAAAUGGCAGAUGAGACAGUUGCAUUUGCUGCAGCAUGUAUGAAUGACAGGAUAAAUGGCACAAUUUACUUUGGUAUAUGCCCAGAGGGCUCUCUGGAAGUACUGCCCGGAGAAGUUGUUGGAUACACUCUUGACACAGAAAAAUGUCGGAGUGAAAUCAUGAGCAAAAUAAAAUUUGCCUUCGAAGAAAAGCAUCAUGAGAUUGUGUCUAAAGUAAUACGAGAUCCAACAUUUGUAGAGGUCAUUGACAGGAAUAACAGUGACGACCCCCGCUAUGUUGUAGAAAUAGAUGUUGUUCCAACAAGUCAUGUUGUAAAACAUGAAGUGUUUCUAAUCAGUUCAAAAUUCCCCAUUGGCAAGAAGAAUAAACAGAGACUGUUUCGAUAUACAGAGGGCGCAAUAAAAAGGCAUGAUGGAAGAGAUCUUGUACACUUCACAUCUAAAACUGUAAUGGAUUUAACAACUCUACGUCAAACCCAAGAAGCGAAGACACAGGCGCCUGGACCUGCCAAAAACCUGAGAAGAAAGUUUCUCAAUUUGUUUACUGGUGGCGCAGAAACACUUGAAGAUGACGUUUAUCCUGUGUUGUUUUUUAGUCCUCUUGGUGACCAAAUGGAAGCAAAUUUCAUAGAAGAAAAUCUAUCAUUUGUUAAAGAUAUAGAUGCAACAGCAAUCUUUGACUUUGAUCCCGAAAGUGACACUAAAGGCCUUUAUCAUUAUGUGAUGAACAAAGAGAGAGUCAUGCAGGUCUUAACAACAGACAACUUUGAUAAGAACGGAGGAGAAAAUCUUGAGAAAGAAAAGCAUGCUGCAUUUUUAGAGAAUCUUCAAACAUCUUCCUUGAACACAUGGACAUUUUGUAAUGGCUAUGAAUGUCUGGGAAAGCAUGCCUUUGGCCCCUUUGAGUGGAAACAAAAGCGCAUUGAAGGAUUUCGGGGGGCCAUACAAUUUUAUCAUAAUAGCAUACCCCAAGGAAGAGCACUGGUGUUAGUAUUUCUUUUCUCAUCGAAUUAUGAAGUUAUGUUGGAGGCAGCAGAUGAGAUAUUUACUAAAUUCCAAGAACAGUGGAUAAUACUGGCUGAAAAUGACGCUAUUGCUGAUCUUUGGAAAGAACAGAUGAUUGCUCGUCACUGUGCUGAUACAGGAUCACUCAAUGAGAGAUGUGUUGUUGGCAUUCCUUGGAAUCAUCUUAACGAUACCAUUUGUCAAGUCACAAAUUUGAGACAACCAUCUGCAUGCCUUUUACCAACAUCAAAGGGUAUGCAUUGCUCUCUGCGGCAAAGAGUGAAGGAGGAUAUGUGCGAUUUGGACAUUCUCAGCAUACAACAGUGUAGCGACAGUGAAAUUGUGAAUGAUACCAAGAAGAAAGAAGCUAAAAGACGUGAGGUAGAGGAGAUUUUUUUCAGGGGAGGUGAAGUAGACUGGUGGAAUUUUUGGUUUCCUGGAGAUCACGUUCUUAAGAGAGCUUGUCAUGAAAGUCUGAUGAAUCAAAUAACAGACGCCCUUACUACUACUAAAGAAACUGACAAUAAAGUAACAGUGGUGACAUUGUUACACCAGCCAGGGGCAGGAGGUACCACAUCAGCUCGCCAGAUCCUGUGGGAUCUGAAGGACAAGUACAGAUGCUGUGAAGUUAAGCAAAUAAAUGACCAGACACCUGAACAAAUAGCUACUCUGAGAUGCUAUGAGGAUCCUGAUAGUCCCAAUCCCCCACUGGUUUUGAUUGACAACCAUGAUGAUGAAAAAAUGAGCCUUCUCUAUGCUGUCCUGGAGGAUAAAGCUCGUAUCGCAGCAAGAUCAUCGGAUGGCAUUCUAUCCGUUUUCUGUGUCCUUCUUGUUUGCCAGCGAAGAGCUGACUUGCCAAUCCAGUGUGACAGCCGGAAAGUACUACUCAAGCAUGAACUGACCACAAAGGAGCUUGCCUGGUUUGAAAUGAAAAAUGCUGAUCUAGAAAAGAGGUUCAAAGAUGACAAAAAAGUCGAUCCCAAACUCUUGAUAUCCUUUAACAUCCUGAAGGAAAACUUCAACAGUGAAUAUAUUCACAGAACAGUUGGUACACUCGUCAAUAACAUCAAAGAUGAAAAAGAGCAAAGGGUCCUAAAAUACCUUGCUCUCAUAAAUGCAUAUGAUGUUGACUUCAGUCCGGUUCCCGUGGCCUGCUUUGAUCCACUCAUGCAAACACCACAGAGGUGCGGCAUGAUCAUCAGUACAGGAAAUCAACGCACCUAUUCAAGAAAAAAAGGUUGGGAGACAUGCUUAAGUUCACCAUUGAGGGUGCUCUUAAACAAAUCAUCACGAUCAGCUGGUCAAGGGACAAAAGAACAGACAUUGCGCAUCAUACAUAGCCUCCUUGCUAAAGCAAUUCUUUUAAAACUUAUGGAAAAGCAAGGAGAAACUAUUGUUGACAUAAUGAACCAGCUACUCGAUUCUAAUGUGUUUCUCGUUGAUUCUGCAUAUACUGAACGUUUACUGUACAUUAUCAGAAACAUCAUCAAGAAAAGAUCUCGCUCAAAAGAUGAUAGAAAAGAAAGGUUUUCACCAUUUGUUUUGGCAGCCAUUGACGAUGUUGAUAUUGAUGGAACUGUAAACCUCAUGAUCAAGGUAUUUGAGAUGUCUGAUGAUGCACUCAUUGCUCAACAGAUUGCUAGAUUUUACAUCCAUUGCAAAAACUGGACACAAGCUGAACGCUUUGCUAAGAUUGCUACAAACAAGUGGUACCGAAAUUCCUUCCUCUGGGAUACUUUAGCAAUGGUUUACAAGGAGCAGCUGUUUGAUGAAUAUGUUCAACACUCAGAAACAGAUACCAACAAAAUCAAUGGGGAUGAUGCUAAACGUAUAAUUGGCAUUGCCUUCAAAGCUAUAGAGACGUUCAGAAAAGAGCAACAGCUCAGUGAAAAUGAAACUACUGCUAUCAACAAUGCAGGAUACUGUGGAGAGAUCAGGGUUAUCAUACUGUUGCUGAGUACUUUCCCUAAGUUUCAGUGUUACACAGGGAAGGAGGAUAUGCAUAAAUUCUUGGUCAAUGCAAAGUUUGUUCCCGACACGUUUCAGUUUGUUGGUGAAGCAGAUAUUGAGCAUUUGAAACAGAUGCAAGAUGAUGCGACAAGAGCUCUUCGAAGACUUGAUGAGGAAUUUCACCAGCUUAAAAGUGUGACAUCUGCCGACAUUAUUCCAAAGGACUCACACCUAAACAAUGAGCUCCUUAUCAGCUUCAAAGAAAAUAUUGAUGGUUUCUUUGGAGAAGGAACUGAUAGAGUUCCCCAUGGCAUGAAUAAUGAAGAUGCCAUGGCGUUUCGCAGAAGGCGCGCCAGGAGGCUAGGGGUUGCAUCACUGCCCAGUGCUCUCCGGAUCAUGGCAACAGGUGGAGGGAAGCUUUGCAGCGCUUACAAGUUAAUGGUUGAAAAUGUGAAAUCACCUCAAGCUAAUGCUUUUGAUUUUGUGACCAUUUUGAACACAUGUAUUGCAUACAAUGGAGUGGAAGAUAAGGAACAAACAAUUGCAAGCUUCCAACAAAUGAUAGAAUGGAGCAAAAGUCUUUAUGAAUGUAAAAUUCAACAGGGAACACGGCCUCACCUUGAGACUUUUCUGUAUCUUGUUCUUUUUCAUUUGCCAACGGAGGAUCGUCACAUGUAUAACCUGUGCUCAUCUUCAAGACUUUUGGAAGCAAUCAGCCAAUGGAAAGAAGCAUUUUACAAGAAUCACCCAAGACAAAAAGAUGGAAACCGCCAUUUCAGGAAAAAAGAUGCAACCUAUUUCUUCCUUGGAAAAGGCCAAGACAUGGAGAGUAUAGUUUACUAUGAGCAACUAAAUGGCAGAAAUGAAGGAAAAGGAGACAUAGGAGAUGGAGUCUGGCGCACAGCAACAGCUUUGAAUAGACUGAAGCGAAUGAAAGGUGUUCUCCUAAAUGAGGGACUGGAAAUUAACAUGCAACUGAAAUCGGUAGGAGGGAAUAUGUUCAAUGUAGCGAUCCCCACAUCACUACCUAUUCGAAAACGGUCGUUAUGGCAAAAGAAUGUAUACUUUGUCUUGGGGUUUGGCUGGUCUGGUCCAAAGGCAUAUGAUGUUACUGAUGAGGAAAUCAAGGAAUGUCCAAAUACUCAGCCUUCAGCCAGUGGAAGCAGAGAUUGGGGUCCAACCACACGUGUUCCUCAACUGGCUCCAAAGAGCCUUGAAAUCAUCAUGAUGAGUAUAACAGAGAAAGAGGCAAAACUUGAUAAGUUGACGAAGCAGGGUGCAAGAAGAAACAAAGGGGCAAUCAAAAAAGUCCUCCAGAAGCAACUACAGUGUCUUUAUCGAGAAAGGGACGAUCUACUGGGGAUGCAAUAGACGGCUUCAUGUUGCCCAUGAACUCAUACCUGACAGAUACUAAAGACAUGAUGAUGACUUAUGACUCAAUCGUCUAUUGAUGGCAUGAUCUACUGAGUAUGAUACACAAUCGGUCGUGUAUGUAUAGUAUUAACAGUGACAUUGAGAAAUUCCUUACUAUUAACUUUGAGUGAUGUUUGGCUUUGGUUUUUGAAUAGAUAAUAUGUUUUUGUUUGUAGUUUGGAUGGUGAGGUGUUGAGUGGAUGGUUGCGUGGAUUUAUAUCAUUUACAGCUACAAGACCAGAAGCCGGGUGGAUUUUUUUUUUAAGAAAAACACAUUGGAACAUUCUUAAUUCCGUGGCAGGCAAAUUCUUUUUUUGCUCAUUUUGAAGCAUAAUUUUAUUUCUCAAGAAUAUUCGGGAACACACACGCAUGCACACACGCACGCACGCACACACACGUACACAGACACAUACACUCACGCACAUGCACUCACACUCACACACGCAUACACACACGCACACACACACUCACACAUUCACUCAC